CCCUUUGCCUGCCUGUUCACCAUGCCUACCCCCGCCCGCGUUUCGCCGAGGACGGUACCGGGGAAAGGCGAGGGGAGCCGCCGCCCUGUCACUCCGUGAGCCAGCCGCCGCCUCACCGGAGAAGCCCCUUGUGGUACGGGUGCCGCGCAGCCCCGCCGGGCGCGGAGGGCUGCCGAUACCUCGCGCCUCCCCAGAGGUGCAAUAACUCUGAAGAAUUUACUGUAAAAGCUUUAUGACCUUAAAAUGAAGAAAAAAGUGCAGGGCACAAUAUAGAACUAUGAUAGCAACCGGAGGAGUCAUAACAGGACUAGCUGCCUUAAAAAGGCAAGACUCUGCAAGAUCUCAGCAACAUGUAAAUCUUUCUACAGCUCCAGCUACUGAGGAGAAGAAACCAGUUAGAUGCCGACCUAGGGCAGAUGUAGUUAUUGUCAGGGGCAAAAUCCGCCUCUAUUCUCCAUCGGGAUUCUUCCUUGUUUUGGGAGUGCUUAUUGCAUUCUUUGGAAUUGCAAUGGCUAUCCUUGGAUACUGGCCCCAAAAGGAACAGCUUUUAGGAUCUGAAGAUAAUCUCUCUGUAAAUGAAACCCAAGUCCUGAGAAGCCAAGGAAGCAUUUUACUUCGUUUCUUUGAGCAGCAUGUGCACUCGGAUAAGAUGAAAAUGCUGGGCCCUUUUACUAUGGGCAUUGGAAUCUUCAUUUUUAUUUGUGCAAAUGCCAUUCUGCAUGAAAACCGUGACAAGGAGACAAAAAUCAUACACAUGAGAGACAUAUACUCCACUGUAAUAGACAUCCACACACUGAGGAUCAAGGAACAAAAGCAGCUGAGUGGUGCCUUCACUGGCUUGUUGGGGGAAGGAGAACUUGGGCACAGUGGGAGCUUAUGUGCUUCACGGCUGGCUGCAAACACAGUUGCACCUUUCUCUGGCUUCAAGAGUAAUUUUAGAAUGGAUAGUUCUGCUGAAGAAGAUGAGACUACCCUAAAUGAAGACAGGAUCACUGGUAGCCUCCUGCCACCUCUGCUGACUGAGCAAUCUGGUUCAGUCUUUGGACUUUACCCUCACUCCAGCAAGGCUUCAGAUGACAAAAACACUGGCUCUAUAAAGUGUGAAACAAAAUCCAUUGUAUCAUCUUCCAUUAGUGCUUUCACGCUGCCAGUAAUUAAACUGAAUAACUGUGUUAUUGAUGAACCCAAUAUAGACAACAUAACUGAGGACUCAGACAUCACUAGGAGUCGGUCUAGAAAUCUGUCGAUGGAUUCUCUGGCUAUUCCACUAACUGAUACCAAUGAAUCUUAUAGACCAGCCUCUGCCAUGCUGCCAAGACACAAUUCUUUUGGGGACAGUCCAUCUGAUCAGUUCAAAUCUUCUAUGACUCUUGGACCAAGCACAGGAAAGCUUUUAUCACCUGGUGCUGCCAGGAAACAGUUUGGGUCCAACACAUCUUUGCAUCUUCUGUCUUCGCAUUCAAAGUCCCUGGACUUGGACAGGGGUCCGUCUAUGCUCACUGUCCAAGCUGAACAAAGGAAGCACCCUAGCUGGCCCAGACUGGAUCGGAGCAACAGUAAAGGAUAUAUGAAACUAGAAAACAAAGAGGACCCAAUGGAUAGGUUACUUGUGCCACAAGCGGCAGUCAAGAAAGACUUUACUAAUAAGGAAAAACUUCUUAUGAUAUCAAGAUCUCAUAAUAAUUUGAGUUUUGAACAUGAUGAGUUUUUGAGUAACAACCUGAAGAGAGGAACAUCUGAAACAAGAUUUUAAUAUUUAAAUUGCAAUUUAGAAGAUGUCACACAGUAUUUUUAAAAAAAACAUUUUGACAAGUGUUUCCUUUUCAGUGACACUAGUACUAGCCUGUUUUUAACCAAAUGCUUAAUAUAGCCCAUCAAAACUGGUUUGUGUGAACAGAGAUCUUCAUCUUAAAAAAAUACCAACCUUAAUGCCAGGUUUUUUGUCUUAGUAACAUACAGCUGCAAUACUGUACAUUAUCAAUUGCUCAGAGAUUUUUGGUAGAACUGAUUCUAAUUUUCCCUGAGUCAUUAUUAUUUUGUUCUAUAUAAGCAUGCUAUCUUUUAUCAAUUGACUCCAGAAGUCUGCAUUAGGAAAAAAGCUCCAUUUACCUGUAAAUUCUAUCUAUUUAAUAACUGCAAGAGUCUGAAAACAGUGCUUGCAGUCUAGAAUGGGAAGUGAACAGGAGCACACCCUGGAAUUGUCAAAUCCAGGCCUAUAUCCUAGGUGUUGUCUUUUACAUAUGGUACAUCUCAGUAACUGCAGUCUUGCCAUUGUCAUUGUGAGAAACUUGUUUACAUAUUGGGAUGGGUGGAUAAAAAAGAGUGGGUAUAAUUAAAACCAUUUUUGUAAAUUCAUUGUAAUCGGUCGAGUUGAAUACCAGUGUUGUGAAUUAUUAACUAUGCUUUGUACAAUAAUAUUUCUACGUCCAUUGUAAUUUAAUCUUGUAAUUCUGGGAAAGCAUAUAUAAAGUAAGAAAUCUGAAAAUUCUUCUGGGAUUAGUUAUCUAACCCACUUUGAUUGGCAGCAGUUUUAAAAUAAAAAUAUACAUAUUCAAUUAAAAUCAUAGGAACAUGAUGAAUGCCAGCAGGAUUUUAGAAACAUAGUGUAUAAUAGGAUUAUACUGUGACAUGCAUCUGAAGAGAAUAAUGGAAAAUGAAUAUAUUGCCUCUCAUUACAAUAACGAGUAGUUAAAUAGCUAGAUCUCUGUGUUCAAAAUACUGAUACAAAGCAUAUAGUUCAAUAUGUAUACUAGCAUAGUAUGAAAGACCUUUGCCUAGAUUUUGAUUUCUGUAUUUCACAUAAUUAUUGGUGUGACGGUUCACUGAAGGUUUAGCUGUGGUAAUUUGCAUUACAAGAUUCUGCAGAAGGAAGUGACAUUUAAAACAAUGUUUUUCUCAGCAAACCAAUCUUCACAGUUGACAGUUGUAUUACUAAAGAAAAUGAAAAUUUGAAUGUGCAUACCAGAAGGUUUUCAUGUAUUUCACUAAGGUAUUCAGUCCACAGUCCUGCCACAACAGCCAUGCUAGAGAAUGUCACUUCAAGUGACAUUUGUUGCAAGGCUCACCUAACAGGAUGUUGGUCUUAAUUGGUUGGGUUUGAUAUUUUUACUUAACCUAAAUACUCAGGAAUUCUUUUUAAUGGCUUUUCCCAAAAAGAAUAAAACCUGUUAAAAUGUUGUUGUUCUUCAUUUACUUUGAUUAUGGAAGAUCAAAGAUGAAAAUACCCUCUCUCUUUUUUUAAUAUUAAACUCUGUAUUUCAGCUGCGUGAUGUUUAUGUAUCAGGAGCAUUACUUGCUCAGUGAAUUGAGGCAUAGUGUUAACUGUUAGAACCUCAAGCCUAUAUAUUGUAACAGAGUUGGCUAAAUAUUUUGCUAUGAAGCUUUUAAUAACUUUCUGGUUUGUGUUCUUAAGACAUUUGCUAUUUUUUGAAAUAAAAUGUCUAUCUACAUA